AUGGCAAAAACCUACGAUUUCUUAUUCAAAUUGCUUCUGAUCGGUGACUCUGGAGUUGGCAAAACUUGCGUGCUAUUUAGAUUUUCUGAAGAUGCCUUCAACUCGACAUUUAUCUCGACAAUCGGUAAAGAUAUUUAUGUGCGACUGUCUCUGAGCUGUCUACGACGUAGCCACUCGAUUUUGAAAUAUAUACAUGGCAUUUCUUCAUAUUUGGUAUCUCAAACUGUGUGUUUCGUAGAUACAUAACUAGCCACUCAAGUAUUUGUUUCUUGAUAUUAAGGUAUCGACUUCAAGAUACGAACAAUUGAACUAGAUGGGAAAAAAAUUAAACUGCAAAUAUGGUAAAGUGACGUUUGACAUUCUAUUCACAAUGUCGUUUUUAUAGUCAUCUUUGAUCCCCUAAACUAAGGCUUAAUUGUCUAUUAUUUAGCAGGUUAUAGUAGCUUACUGUCUCGGGGCUUUUUGGUACAAAAACCAAAGCCUCAAACGCAAUAUUUUGCAAUAUCAUAAACGCUGUGAUACUGUAAUUUAUAUAAAUUAAAAUUUUCUGGUUUAAAAAUAAUAAUGCGUCAUAUAGGUGUCGUGUCCCCCAGUAAUGCCCCAGUUAUUUUAUAACUGUAAUCUGCAAUCCACUUUCACAGAAAUCAGAUAAUUCUAUGUCUAAUUUCCACAGAUCUAUGAUGCAUAAAAGUUUAUUAGCUAAAAGAUUAAAUUGCAAUAUAUAUUGGAUUAUAUUCUAGUAUUUUUCUGCAUAUUAAUGAGAUACUUUUAUACAAACAGACAAAGAGAUUUUUGUUAGCCAUUUAUAAUUCCCGCACUUUCCUCUUGAUGAGUAAGAUGUUCUGGCAUAUGCAAGAUGGUAAAACAACAAAGAAAGGCAUGUUGUGGCUUAAUCAUUUAAGCUAUAUUGCAACCUGAUGUGCCCUACUUUGGUAUUUUACUCUGUGUAAUGCUAGACAAUUUUACCCGUCAAGGGGAUAGUGCUGACGAUUAAUGGGUUGAUAAGAGACAAAGGCAUAUGGCGUUGUUAUCGUUACAACUAACAUUUCUAUGGUGCAAAUUUACAGAUCAAAUAUUACGCUUACCUAACUACAUACUUACCCAGGGUAUUUUAUCUUUACAACAAUUGUGCUAUCACUUUCUUAACUGUGUUUAGCCUAAGCCACCCUGUCAAUUUUUCCUGUGGCGCUUGCUCUGAUAACUGUACCACUGACGUCCUGGCAUACACCACCGAAGCCCCCGUUGUUAACCCAACCAAGGUGUUGUUGGCAAAUAACCAAUUAAAUAUGAACCUUUUUCAGGGAUACCGCUGGACAAGAACGCUUCAGAACCAUCACCACCGCUUACUACAGAGGAGCCAUGGUUAGCAUGGAAUAAAUAAUGAUACUAAAUGAUUUGUUUGAAUAAAAAAUUGUUGUAAAAUGAAGGAAUAAAAAACUCACAUUUUGUUAUUUUCAUGAAUUCAAGGGUAUAAUGUUGGUGUAUGACAUCACAAAUGAAAAAUCUUUUGAUAAUAUUAAGAACUGGAUUAGGAAUAUUGAGGAGGUGAGGUCAAAAUGAAGAAUGGAUGAAAAUUUUACCAUAUGUAAAUAAUCACUGAAUACAUGUGCAUUACUCGAGUAUGCUAACCUACACUACAUUCAUAGUACCAUACCGGUACCCAAAUAUUUGCUUGUAUAUUCCACAAGUCUGAUGCCAGCAAGAACAAGUUUGAUUCCAUACUUUCCCAAACUAAACACAUACUGCUUCUUGUGUGUUUACAGCAUGCAUCUUCAGAUGUUGAAAAGAUGGUCUUAGGAAACAAAUGCGACAUGGAAGACAGACGUCAAGUUUCAAAAACCAAAGGAGAACAGGUAAGCUUACAUAUUCUGUUCAAUUAUGUUUUGGAUUAACGAACAUUAUUGUCUUUAUUGUUACAGCUUGCAGCAGAAAUUAUGUUUUGAAGUAAUGAUUAUUGUUAAAUAUUUGUUGCCUUUCUUGUUACAGCUUGCAGUUGAAUAUGCUAUCAAAUUUAUGGAAACAAGUGCAAAAGCUAGUAUCAAUGUAGAGGAAGCUUUCUUUGCUUUAGCACGCGAUAUCAAGGCGAAAAUGGAUAAAAAAUUGGUACGGUUGAAAUUACUGUACAGGUUGUGUUAUGUCAUCACAAGCUUAAGAUUUACACAGUAUUUGUCAUUCAUGUAAAUUAUAAACCUAUUAUUUAAAAACAUUUUUCAAAUGAAUGAGUAGCAGUUUCUUGUUGCAUGCAAGAUAAGCGCUUCCAGUUUGACUCGAACAAAUAAAAAUGGCUCUUACUGGAGAACAAUUUAGAACUGAUAAGGCCCGUUUACACAGCCAAUUUUUGUUGUGAUUUUCUCCUUUUGGAGGAAAUCACACUUAAAAUUGCAGCAAAAAUCGCCCAUGCAAACGGGCCUAUAGCUUUCCAGUAUAGAUAUGGCUCAGCAUUCUUGGCUUGAUAAUAAUGGACCAUUAUUCCCCAAUUAACCAAAAUUUUGAUCUCAACAAGUUUAGACAAAAUUCCAUCAUAGCAUGAAAGAGCAUUCACAAAAUUGGUAAUAUUCCAAAGUUUUGUUGCAAAAUGUUGUAAAAUGCGGAUAAUAUAGCCUUGCGAAGUUUGUAAUUUUCAGUCAUUGUAGAUUACGCACAGAAGUGGUAACCAUUUCCCGUUUGUAAUCUAAAAUGACUGAAAAUUGCAAACUUUGCAAGGCAAUAUUAUCCGCAUUUUGCAACGAAACUUUGCAAUAUUACUAAUUUUGUGAUGCUCUUGAAAGCUGUGAUGAAAUUUUUGUCUAGACUUGUUGAGUUCAAAAUGUUGGGGAUUGGUCUAUUGAGAUUCCCAAAAUAAUCAUGAUAUUUCCCCCAUAAUGCUAAUAUGUGCAUUUGUGUGUGUUUACAAAACUCUAGGAGGAUCAAAACAGGACAUCGGGCAGCGUGAAGAUAACAAAUCAACCAAAUAAAAAGUCAAAUAGUGGAUGGAGAUGUACAUUACUAUAGUAUGACCAGAUAACUAGAUAGAUGUUUAAUUUCAGAGAUAUUGUCUGGGGGAGAAUUUACAACAUUGGAAAAUAUCCUGUUUUAUCUUCUUGCAUACUUUGAAACAAUUUGGUGAAAGGCUUCGUUUGUAGAUGGUGGUGAUAAAUGAUAUCAAACUAAUAACUACUAUUAGGUGCAUUUAGGAUGAGGUGGUUCAUUGAUCAACAGGGAAAAAUGGGGGGACUGUUUGAAACUUGGUAAUAUUGAAAACAAAUGGCACCUUGUCAAAAUCACGGUGCUAGUUCAACGUUUUCCGAUGAAACUUCCAACUUUCGAACGUUAAAAAUAUGAGAGAAUAGCACAUCUAACUGUGGCUUACCGCUUGAUUAAGGCAGUAAUAUACCAUUAAUACAAUUGUUUUUAAACUAAAGUCUUGAACGUGUAACGUGAAGUUUAAUUUAAAACUGUAGUAUAUUUUGACAUAAGUUAUAAAAAAACAUGUUCAUACUUUUUCAGUCGUUUUCGGUUUUUCCCCCAGAACUGCCUCACAGGGAGCAUUCUUCAUCCUCACAUGCAAAUAAUGGUAGAAUAUUAGUCAUCUCUGAUACUAGACUUCUGUUUAGAGAAUCUGUUCUUUAUAGUAGAAUGCUUGAGUUGUAAUAACGUACUAAUGAGUACCUGUUUGGCACCGCCAAAGAACUGUCACGUUGGCCAAUCAGAGGAAUAGAAACAUUUGAUGCAGGGCAAGCCUAAAAAGUGAAAAUUUCAUACUGUGAUUAAAGCAUGCAAUCAACUUAGACAGUAUUUAAAUGAACUGGGUCAAAUUGUAAUUAUUUAACUAGUCACCUAUAUAGUGUCGCUAGUCGCUGAAAUCAACCCAGUCCGGAAGGCCCAUUGCCACUCGGGAAAAUUUUCCGCAGAAAGAAAAUUUUGUGAAACGCGAUUGGCCGACACAACUUUUCCGUCGGAAAAAAAUUUCGGAAAAUUUUCUUGGGUGGAAAUGGACCUUUAGGCAAGGUUAAGAAAUACACCCACUGGAAAACAUAGGCCACUAAACAUGAAAACGAGACUGUGUGUAGGUGCUGUCGAUAUAAGAAAGUUUGGAUUGAUAGGGAUACAACUACCUGAAAAAUACAAGGAGAAAUUCGACGUUUCGAGCGAAGGCGCUUCGUUUGGCUACUAUAAACUUUCUAGGCUUUCGUUCGACACGUCGAAGAUUUGCUUGUAUUUUUCAGGUCGGAUCUUUCUCAAUCCAUAGCCAGGGUUUUCAGUUUUGUGUGAGGCUUUGGCUAAUGGCGAUGAAGCUAUGGCGAAAGGGAAAAGCCUAGACUAUGUAGACUGCACCUGAGUUAAGUUUCACAAUCAAUUCGUGCACAUGGAUUAUAUAUUAAUGUAAAAGCUCUGGCGAAUUUGGGUGGGGCUGAAUGAAAAAGUCUGGCGAAAUUCGCCGGCCUAAACUGAAAACCCUGCAUAGCUCUCUUGUUAACGUCGCACCUAUACUCGCUGGCACAGACUGUGCGAGAUUACACGAGUGAAAUCCUAUAAGCUACAGUCAAAAGCAAUUCCAAAUUUCUGAACUAUACCAUAGAGAUCCGUUUUCGUGUUUGGUGACAUAUGUAGUCCAAAACUGAUUUAGAACUAACUACACAGACAAUUAGAUGUCUAACGUAAUACGAUUUUGAGAUUGAAAUAACAGCUAGUUUUUCCCAAUCCAAUAAUGACAGAUAGAGUUAACUAAAUUCAUUUUUUGUUCUUGCUGUGUUCAGUAAAAUCUUUAAGUCUAAUUCAUCACAAUAUUUGAUCUGGUGUCAAUGACAUAAUUAUCUCAUUACGAAUUAUUUCAGUGAUACUGGUUUCUCUUAACUAUAUACUAAUUGUAAUCAUAUAUGUUUUGUGAAAUUAUUGGUAAUAGCAUACAGUCAUUAAUAUUAUUUACUAAAGGUUUUCGUAACUUUGUCGCAUUUUAAUAUAUAUGUCAACUUCCAAUUUCAAAAGUAAUGACUGGUUUAACACUAUCAAAGUUUCUGUGAUCACAGUAGGAAUUUUGCAUCGGUAAAUUCUAAAUUUUGAAGGAUUUGUAAGAAAUAUUCGAGGGAAGGGACUCAUUAAAUUCUGACUCAGUUGUUCUUACUGUGAUCACAGAAACGUUGAUAAUGUAAACAGGCUGAAAUGUAUAAUAGCCAAGGAGUUUUGGCGAAGUGACAAAAAAAGAAGACGUGAUAUAUGGAACCGACGAUCGAGUGGAAACUUAACGAAUGGCACGCAAUAUGCAUGACAGGUGAAAUAAUUACUGUAUCGAAAGAACACAGAAUAUGAGAAUAUACUGUAUGGCUCGUACAUUUGAAGAACGUAAUAUGUUCAAGAAUGUCCAUACUAUAAUAUAUAUGUAUAUUAUUAACAAAGUUUGAAAUUUAUAAUACUGUCCAAGCAGUUUAGUUAAUAUAUAAUAAAUUUUGAAAUUUAAUACUGUUCAGACAGUUUAUUUGUAUAUAAAAGUCCACCUAGUCCAGCUUUUUUCGGUUUUCCUGUAGUCGCUAUAUUGAAUCAUCUGUUAAUAUAUAGGAAGCAAUAUAAAUUGAAUUGGAUAUCAUUUUCUGCGAAUGCUGGUCACGCAUUUCUAUGAAAUUUUCUAGGAAUCUAUAAUGCGACUGUUGUACUAGGAAGUGACACAAACACUGAACAAGCGAUAUGGGCUUCACGGCAUUGGUGCGACGCUGAAUAAAAUUUCUUUAUUUUGAAUAUAAAGUAUACCAGGAAAUUCGCCAUGUCUUUAACACUAAAAGUUGUGUUAAUUGGCGACAGUAAAGUUGGCAAGACGGCAGUAAUGAAUAGAUUUUUGGGAGAGUUUUUCGAUCCGGCGUUUAUAAUGACCACGGCUGGAGGUUGGUAUAAUUUGUUACUUCGAAAUCACGCGACCAUUUUAUUAUUUAGGAUUUUAAGCUACUGUUUUACCACUCAUAGAUAUUGUUAUUAAUUUCAACAUUACAAAUCCUUUGGGGUUUAAUUUACAAAGGAAAAUAAAUCGCUUAAAUAAUGUAGUCACAAGAUACAAACACAUACAUACAGCUCGCGGUUGUGUGAAGAAGUUUUCGUGACCUUGGCAUUUUUUAAAUUAAAAUUUGAUAGUGUAUAAACUAAAAAUUUUAUCCCCCUGUCAAUGGCAUGUUCUGACACAAUAUAGCAGGAAAAAGUCCUCAUGUUAUGUAUUGGUUGUACUUGCAUAAUAGAUGGUACUGUAUCAGUGAAUUACUGUAUUGUUAGUCCGUGAUUUAGGUUCAUCCUUUCUUAAACAUACACAAUGUACAUUGGUAUUUACAUGCAUGAUCAAUUGUCCCCAGUCAUGGCACAAUAUUAAAAUGUACUGCAUAAAAAAUUAGGUUCAUGUGUGGCUUCUCUGAUAUCUAAAUUCAAUUAUAAUCAACUUUAUAGAAGCUCUCAAAAGAAAGAGAUUAGUUGUCAACAAGCAGAAUGUUGAACUAGAAUUAUGGUGGGUUACUCAAAAUAGAUUUGUAUUACACAUACUAAUUAUAAAACACAAAACAGUUAUAGUAUAAUCAGGUUUACCCCCAUGUGAUCGAUAGUUUUGCACAAGUUAUGUUACUUUUCACCUCUUCCAAAACCCAACUGCCCAUCAACCAUGAAGGCAAGGACCCUUUGAUCAUCAAAUAUGCACAUUCCCCAAUAUUAAUAGGACCAGUCUCAUAAAGCAUUAAUGUUUCAAAUUUUGAAGGGAUGCUCCAGGACAUGAAGGCUAUCGCACAUACGCCGAAGUGUAUAUGAAGAAUGCCAAGGUAUGUUUGUCGAAGCUCUUACCAGGUGGUUUACGGUUAUAGGGUCUGCCCAGGCAACUUACCGACCAACUCUUUGUUUAGUCUAACCGAGUCUGCCUUCUUGAUAAUGCACUGCCAACAGUUGGAACAACUCAUUGACCAACUGACUGUGACAGAUUGUCUCACUAGCUGACCAACAGUCACCAAAUAUCAGACUGUCUGGCUGACCAAUAGUGACAGAUUGUCUGAUUGGCUGGCCUGAACCAAUUGUAUCAACAGGCUGGCUGACCAAUUGUGAAAAAUUAAACUGACUGACCAACUAAUGGUUACAUUGAUUGCAUGGCUGGUCGACCAAUUGUGACAAACCAAUUGGUUGGUCAUCAUCAACGGCGAUGGGCUGGCUGGCUAACCAAGGGUCUGAUUAGCUUGUUGACCAACAGUGACAGAAUGACCAACUAACUUGGAACUGUACAAGCAGGCAUGCAGUCGCCAUGCUAUGUCAGCAAGCAAAAUAAAAUCGGCUCUGCAGCUAGCCAGGGUGGCAUACAGUAAACAUGCAAUAUUAUUGUUCCUUUAAGGCUGUUGUAGUGUUCUUCGAUGUAUCAAAUUACAGUAGUUUUGAAAAUAUUGAUCAUUGGUUGCAUUUUAUACCUCAUGCAGAAGUGAGUGAUUAAGUUUUCCCAUAUUUUUAUUCUAAUAUAAAUUACAUAUGCCUGCAUAUUACAUUUGUUUGCUAUACUUAUUUAUUUGAAGUUCUCAGUUAGUUCAGCCAUAGCCUAUCGAAGAGAAGAUGGCUGUGAAACUCAUUAGAAUAACAAUAUAACUCAUCUGUGUUGGUCAACGUUUAUUCAUAAAAUUUUAAUUUGGUCCUUCACCUUCACAUGUGUUUUGUAUUCUUGCCCAACUAACCAAUAGGAAUGUUUUAGGAAAGUCACCUAUCCAUGACUCGAACAAUAGGGAAACUGGAAAUUGCUAUUGGUGGAUUUGGUAAAAAUACAAUACACACAUGACGGUGAAGGACCAGAUUUAUGAAUAAACGUUGACUAACAUAGAUAACAAGUUAUAUUGUUAUUCUAAUGAGUUUCACAGCCAUCUUCCCUUUGAUAGGCUAUGGUUCAGCUCAGGAUUAAUCAGGGCAUUUUUUAACAUACAAGCUGGGGGGGGAAAAUGCCCCCCCAGUCCCCCCACAAAAUAACAUUUUGCCCCCCCCCCAGGAAAAGUCCCUUUUCCCUAAAAUUAUAGAAACAAACCAGCGAAGAUUAACAAAUACAUAAACGGAAAGUAAGUUUUAGGCUUUAUCCUUUGUCCUUGUUUAACAAAAUCGAUUUAAAUUGUUACUUUUUUCUACCACUAAGUAAUGAUAAAUUAUUGUUAAUAAUUUUUUAUUUUUUGGAUGCUCAGAAUGCAGAAAAUGGCAUUUCUGUGCUUCAAAUGUCAAAAAUUUUCUGGGGAGUACAUCCCCACACACCUGACCAUUGCCAUCCUCCUCUAAUAAGUAACGAUAAAUGAUGGUUAAUUUUUUUUUACUUUUUGUUCGUCUUUUCCUUUAUUUAUUUCAAAUACAAGUAUAGUUAGCAUAAAUUUUGGAGCAAAUUUGGAUGCUCAGAAUGCAGGAAAUGACAUUUCCGGGAUUCAAAUUUCAAUAAUUUUCUGGGGGAGUACUCCCCCAGACCACCCCCCAUUCAUGCGUGGUAUAUUGGCCACACACGUAGCCUUCAGCCAUUGCUAUCCCCCUCUAAUAUAUUCUCACAGAAAAGUCCCUUUUCAAAAAAUGCCCCCCCCCCAUGGGAAAAUCCUUAAAAAAGGCCCUGGGAUUAAUAAUCCUAUAACUAAUAAGUCUACAGUAUGUUCAAAUUCUUUCAUUUAGGGCACCGCACAACUGACCCCAACGUUUAUAAUUGGCAACAAAACAGACACAACAGAACGAACUGUUAAAACAGAAGAAGCAGAGCAUGUAAGGUUCACCUCUUCAUUCAUUUACAUGUAAGACCAUUCGUUUUUACUGACAAUGGUUCAACAUCCAAACAUUUAACAGAUUGUUGCAGCAUUUGUGGCUAUAAUAAUAAAAUACGAUACUUCUCCUGUAUUUCAGAAGGCUAAAAAACAAGAAUCACUUUAUUUUGAAACGAGUGCGAAAAACAACAAUACGGAUUAUUUUGACCAGGUAUGCAUAUAUCUUUUUUUAUGCAUAUAUCUUUUUGUUUUAAAGUUUGUACUAGACGAUCCACUCAGUAACCGUCAUUAGUCAGCCUUCAAUGCUGUUUCUGUUACUAACUAUUCAGUAUUUCUUCAUCUUUUUCAGAUUUUUAAAAAAAUUAUAGAAGAUGUUUUAAAUAAAUCGCAUGGUUCAAUGAAUUCUGGAUCGUCGGUAAGGGUUUAAUAAACUGUAACCGUGUGGUCACUUGACCAUUGCAGAAUCACUACUCUUUUCAAGCUGGUUUUAGUGUUCUUUAUAUUUCAUAUUCAAAUAGAGCCUAUUAAACUCAACCUUUCACGUAGGCCAUAUGGUCUUUAACUACAUCUAUAAACUUUGCACAUGCAUGGUUGUGCACCUUCAAUCUUGACGGUAUCAAUUAAUCAAGCAUUUUUAUGCAGAGGUACAACUUUUUUAUCAUAUUUUAUAGCCAAGACCACGAAGGAUUCCAUGGUACAGAAAUUGUGUUCUAUUGUAA